AAGAAAAAGAAAACCAUUUUCUUAUCCGUUGAUUUUUAUCAUUCUUCACCUACUCGAGCUUCAGUUUCUAUCUACUACUCCGCCAUGGCUACUUCUUCUGCUUUCUCCACUCCUUCCGUUUUUCAGCAAAAAUCAAAUGUGGGUAACCUAAAAAUGGUUUCCCCUGUUAUUACAUCAUCAUCAGUUAAUUUUGCGGGGAAAAAAAGUUUGUUAUCAUCUGGUUGUUCUAGAUAUGCUUCAGGAGGACUUCAAAUCAAACAGAUUUCUAAUGUUAAUACUCCAGUUGUUGGACAUAAGAGGAUGGUGUGUACUAAUGCUGUUGCAACAAAUUUACAAGCAGAAGUCACAACUAAGGUAUUCUUUGAUGUAGACAUUGGAGGAGAGCCAGCGGGUAGGAUUGUAAUGGGUUUGUUUGGGAAUGAAGUUCCAAGGACUGUUGAGAAUUUCCGCGCUUUGUGCACUGGAGAGAAAGGUUUUGGUUACAAAGGAUGCUCGUUCCAUCGUAUUAUCAAACAAUUCAUGAUUCAGGGUGGGGACUUUACUAAUGGAAAUGGAACUGGAGGUAAAAGCAUUUAUGGGGACAAAUUUGCAGAUGAGGACUUCACAUUAAAGCACGUUGGACAAGGAGUAUUAAGCAUGGCAAAUGCAGGCCCUAAUACCAAUGGGAGCCAGUUUUUCAUUUGCACCAUUAAGACUCCAUGGUUGGAUGGCCGCCACGUUGUUUUUGGACAUGUUAUUGACGGCAUGGAUGUUGUCGAGACACUGGAAUCACAAGAGACUAGCAGAGGAGACACCCCCAGGGUGCCAUGCCGGAUUACCAAUUGUGGAGAGCUGCCAUUAGAUGCUUGAUAUGAUGAUAUCUCUUUGGCUAAAUUUUGCUUAACUAGGUUUUUUUCUUUCUUUCGAUGUUUAUUAGUUAAAAGCAUCAGUUAAAUAUUACAUUUCAGUUAAGAGUUGAGAAAAUCUUGGGUGAAAAGAGAGAGAUGUAAUAUCAAUUGUACUGUAUGCGUUUAUGGAAUCAUGCACGACUCCAUAUACAAAUAAAUCCAAGCAUAUUGUACUGUAUGCAAUUUCUAACUUAUCAGUUCAGUGCUCCUUUUACCAA